CGACCCUUAACAGCACGUUGGUUGUGUUGCUGCUGCUGCUGCUGCACACUCUGCCACACUCUCUAUUUCACUCUUUAUGGUGUACCCGAGGCUCUCACUCUACAACACCAGCACACCAGAUGAUAUUGCAUUACUGGAUCAAACUUUCCUAGCAACUUAACAACACCAAGGAAAUUUCCAUUAUGUGAUGUUCCUAUGUGCUCUUCAGAUCCCCAGAAUGGCAAGUUUCUUUCUGCCAGGAACUGUACAGUGGCUACCUGUCGCUCAAAUGUUUGAUGCCAGCAUUUUGCUUCUCGUCUGGAAACACAAUGACAAGCAUGACUAAAGUGGCUGAGGAGGUACGGGAACUGUACCUAAGCAAGUUUGAACAGGUGACUCCAUACAUCUGCAACGCCAUGUCUCCUCGAGUUCUCCUACUCCGCCUCAACUCACACAUGAUAGAGCAGUACACCAAGGAAAUUGGAGGGAAAACCGAGCCAUUCAUGAGUGAAGAGGAAGAUGAUUGGUUCUCUGCCGUUCCUGACGACUGGGAAAACGACAACAAAGAUUGGAACAUGAGCUUGUUGGAGCCAAUCGUUCAAAUAUCAGAUGAGAGUAACUCUAGGCAAGUAAGCAAGAGAAAACGAGGAAGUAGAGGAUUUGGUAAAAAGAGGGGAGAUCAUUUAUCAGGAAGUGAGGAUCUUGACAGACAAAGUCCAGUUGAUGAAGUACCAGUGAAGCAAGAAAAACCAGACAGUCCUGAGCACAUGGUAGAAAUUCCUCCAGACAUGACAAUGAACAUGUUACCCAAUGUGCCUGCAUACCCCCCUUCCCUCCCCGUGUUUCCAUUGGUGCCAUCUAUGCUGCCAUUAUACAUGGCACAGCAACACACUGCAUCAGGGCUCCAAGAUGCAAAUGGUCACAAUGUUACCACAAUCCAUGACAAUCCAAUGCAGCCAGGUGAGGAAACUAGAUAUGCACAUGAUAAUGUUGAGGCAAAUAUUAAACAAGAAAUACCAGAUUCAGAGAAUCCAGAUCAAGUAAUAGCAAUGCCAUUUCAAAGUGAGCUUCGUAAUGAUGAUUCCUGUUUAAUGUCAAGAGAUAUGGUUCCUUCUCCUUUGUCAACAAUGGAAGAUUUCUCGGAUCAAAGAGAAAGGAAAAAAAAGGAGCUGACUGCAAACAUGGGUCAUAAAAGUCUUAGAGAAUUAACAAAUUUGUUGGUUAAAUUAAAUAACAAGAAUCUUCAGUGCGAUGAAAGGAUACAGAUGCUAAAAGAAGAAUAUGACAGAAAGGUAGCAGUAAUUGAAGCUGAGAAGAAAGCCAACGAAAAAGAGCUUGACAGUGUCUUGUCUCUCAUUCAGAACUGGAAAGAGGGUUCCAAAGGUGAAUCAUCAGCAGGUAGUAAAAAGUCUCGUAAGAACACUGAGAAAUAAUUUAUGAUCAUUGAUAUUUAAAUUGUUUUUACUGACCUCAUUAUUAACCACACACUGUAAGGGUCCUAAUUAAAAACUGCCAUUUUAUUUUGCACAUUUUACAUUCUUGGAAAUUAACUUUUGUAAUAAGUUUGGUUUUUAUUUUCUAACCAUUUACUUUAAAUUGAAGUGGGCUGAGAGAACAAUGUGUCAAGGAUUGUUAAAAUUGGUAAAGCUGUCAGAAAGUAAUUAUUUGUCUUUUUAAUUACAGUAUAUUUUAUUUUUCUAAGCUCUAAACAACUUCUUUCUAUUCUCUAGUAUGCAAGGGAGCUUCCCCUCGCUGUUCAUUGAAUACAGUCAUAGCUCUUUGACUUGUAUUUUUGUCUGUCUCCUGUUCUAAUGCACUUAAGAAAUGGUAUUUAGAACAUUAUCCUCCUUGUUUAUGCAUCAUUCCGUUAUGCUUAUUGCAUACUUAUGUAAUUUAGUGAUUUACUAGUAAAGAGCACACAUUGAAACAUGUUGGAAGAUUUUUACCUGACUUUACAUCCAUGAACAGCUGUGAAAUAUUCAUUCAUUUAUAUUUUUUCUUCUAUGUUGUAUAUUGUUUGGCACCAGACCAGCAGCUCAUAGUUACCUGUGAAACACUUGUGGAGCAAAUGUGAAGCAUUCCCUUUCUUUCUAAAUACAUAAUGCAUCUAGUUUGAGAAAAUUCCACUGCCUAAAUAGAAGCUUGAGUAAGGAGUACAUGCAUAAAUAAUAAUAAAUUAUUGAUCUCUUACAGUCAAUGGAUAAACUGGGAAAGCUUUGUCUUUGGCUGUCUCUAAAGGGAAGAUGUGUGGAUUGUGGCAUCAGAUUAGAGCAGGCUUCUCACACCAGUGUUUUAAGUCUGUUAAUUCUGUAUCAUCUGUCUCUUGCUCUUUUCAUUACUUUUACUUAUUGAUAGUUCUUUGCUCCUGCUCUAGGUGCAGCAUCAUUACUUCUGGAUUUACAUUUCCUCAAACUGUAUUGUCUUGUAACAUAUUUUCAUUCUUUGAAUUACCACUUUAUUUUUCUAAUUUGUCUGUGCUUUUAAUAGUAUUUCAAUUCUGUAUUGAUUAGAGAAUUUAACUUGUACAGUAUCUAUAUGUAUUACUAUGCAAGUUCUUUCAAGUUUACAAAAACGCUCAAGCAUAUUUAUCCCCUACCAUUGUGAAACAAAGAAUUAAUUAUUUUUUGAGUCAUCAGGUGGGGUUCAUUAUCAAGUACAGGUAUUUAUAUUCUCUCCCAUCAUAUGUGAGGUCAGAGUUGGUGCAGUCUGGAAAAAUCUUUUGUGCUCUUACAUGUUUAGUUCUUUUUUUACUGUAAUGUUAUGAUAAUAAUACUUUGUUCUGCACUGGGACCUCCGAAAGACUGCUGCUUUUAGAUCUGACUCUUUAUGUAGAACAUCUUUCUUCGUUCCCAUGCAUGGUGUGGUAAUGUAAGUUGUGAUGUGUUAAGCAAACAUUCUUAGAGUUGUUGGUUCUCCAAGUAUACCUGUUUUCCAUAACUCUCAUGUCUAGGUCUUUGGAAAUGUCACCAGUGUAAACUGCAUUGUAAAUUUCACAGUGAACUGUAUAAAGAUUCUCUAUAUGGUGUUUUAUUUACAUAUUUGUAGUUGAUACUGUUGAAUAGUUUUUCCUGAUUAUACUGUUCUAACCUGCAGCAUGAAUGACUUCCACAGAAUUAGUGACUUGUUUAUUAUUGGCCUUAUGUUUGUAGUUUUUUGUUCAAACUAUAGGUAACUACUUCAUGUUUAUGACUGCCAGCCCAAUUUAUAGAAUGAUUUACAAAUGUUUAAGGUACUGUUUUGUCUACUAAAAUUUGAAUAUAUUUGAAAUGUCUAGAAAUUAUUGUUCUUGCUGACAUCUCACCAAGAAGGCAGAGUUCUCAUAUGGAGCUGUAAGUACAUUUUUCAUGCAUAUUCACAGUUUCUUCACCUGCUUACAAAAAUCUAAUAGUAAUUGCAGUGACUUAGUCAAAACUUCAAGAUGAAAGGAUUGUCAUAAUGUAGGAAAAAAUCUAAAGUUUUGUUUUCACAUGGCUCGACAUGUAGAAUAAUUUUUUUUUUAAAUGACAAAGGAUUAAGAACUCAGUUUAUUUAAAAAAAAAAAUUUGCAUUCUGAAUAUAUUUUAUGGACAACAAUAUUGUAAUUGAUGGUCAUAUUUGGAACUAUGGAUUGAUUUGUAUUAGAAUUAUUUUUUAAAUAUUUUUCUCAGACAUUGGUAAUAGCCACUAAUUGCAUUGAUGGUCUUUAUUGGUGUGCCACUCUCUCAGUUAGGCAUUUUCACAUACUUCACUGCAGUUAGUAUCUAUCACCCACAUGUCAGCAGUGCAUUACCAGUUUGCAGUGUCUCAUACCUACAGGAUGUUUCAGAGGUACAUAUGAACUAGAAGGAAAUAUUUUUACACUUUAAUCAUUCAUUAUUCCAACUGAAUACCAUUAACAGUAAUACAUUAAUUCUUAAGAGUACAAGUGGUUAUUUUUUAUUGAGAUGAAAGCUAAUCUGAGAUAAUGUAUUGUGAGGGUUUUUUUCUAUGCUGGGUCCUGAUUUUGGGACACCCAGUGCAAUACUGUCCACUGUCUUCUUAAUAUUUGUGUAUAUACAAUACUUACAGUGAUCAUUAUCACUGUAGGUAUUGACUUGAAAUUUACAUAUGAUACUUCAGUUUUAGUUUUCUGUGGCCUUACCUUUUUUUCUGUCUCUCUUCUCUAUCCCUCCUUCCCCACAUUCCCUCACUGUCCUAAUGAAACAUAUAUUUGAGUUCAAAGCCCUGGUCACAGCUGUGAAUGAACAGUUCUUGUUGCUCUUCCUGCAAGCGUGUAUGUGACACGUGCAGCUUGUGGAAUAGUAUUUUUGUAUGCUUUGUGGAACUGAGCUGUAAAAGCCGGCAUUAUGCAAUAGAAAGUUAGUCAUAGAUGCUUAUGACAGCGUUGAUUAUGUGAAAUGAUUGUAACAGCCAAUUACUCCCAUGCUGAAUCAUUGUGUUGUUAAAUUUAUUCUUCAAUACACAUUUUUAAUUUACCUAUUAAUCUCUCUUAUAGGAGAUGGUAUUAGGCAGAAGUUAGUUACUAUUUUUUUUUUUUCAGUGUGAAGUAUUUUAAACAUUAAUGUAGCCUACUGUAUAAGUAUUGCCAAAAAUAUUUUUAAAAUGGAAGAGUACUGGCUUUCAAUGUAGCCUACUGUAUAAGUAUUGCCAAAAAUAUUUUUAAAAUGGAAGAGUACUGGCCUUUCUAUUUUUCAUUCAUUUGAUGAUUGCUGUUUGCAACAGGCUGUCAUAUUUGUCCACCUUUGAUUUAGAAAGACAUCGUGAAUUUUUAUAUAGCAGAUCAGUACUGUAAGGUUAGGGGAUUACAUCAGUCUUUCUAUUUAUAAUGAGCUAUAGUGAAACUCAUCUUAUAAUUAAUGUUAUUCAAGUGUCAUUUUACUUUGUGACUGAAUCUUCAAAUAUAGAGUAAUAUUCCUUAAAUUGUUCUUGAGUUAGAAUUUAAAAACUUUGGCAUGCAAAACUUGGCAACUUUUGGGGGUUGUAUCAUUACACUUGACUGAGGAUCUGAGGUUACCCAUCCUCAGCACUUGCCAAACCCAUUCCCUAAAUCUUUUAACAAAAUUUAUUAGCUAAUAUGCAGCUGAAAGGAUUGAACUGUCAGUAUUAUGUAAUGUAAAUGUAUUGUAUUUUGUAAUGAAGACAGAUUUAUUUGGAAAUAUUACCCUUUAAAUACCAGAAAUUAAAGAAAUCUCUACUUUUUAGAAUAUUUGAUGAUGGGUUUGCAUAUAUUCAUUGCUGCCUCCUGUUCAUGUGAUCAUUUCUUAAAGUACUAAAAUUUUUCAUUUUUUAUGUGGAUGCAUGAAUAGUACCAAUAAAAACAUAAGCAAAUGGC